AUGGCAACACAACAACAGUCGAAUUGCGUGGUAGAAGAAUCAUCAUUGCUUAAACAGCACCAACAAAGCCUACGACGAGCAUUUGAGAAUUUGUCGGUAUCCAACAAUAAUCAUCAGCUCAAGCGGCAACAAUCAGAUCAUCGGUUAUCUGCCGGUGCUUCUUUUUCCUCUUCCACCACUACCAGCAACAACAAUGCGCAACAAUCGACAAAGAGAAAAUACCUCACAGUGUGCCCACCACCAUUAACAUUGAAACCAUCCAUGAGCUCACCCACAGCAACGUCACCAGCAGCAUGUUCACCAAGAGGAUAUUUUAGUAACAGCCCCAUUGCCAGCCCCCGAACGCCGCGAUUGGUAUCUCCGCAGGAACGACCUUAUUCACCGUAUUGCAGCAGUGCCAUGAAUGUUUCCACAUCGAGUCUUGCCAGCACGCUAUCUUCAGCCAGCUCAGCACAGCAAUCGACAUCAGAAGGAUACAGCACAAGUAGUUUGGAAGAUGAUGAUCUCUCCUUGCCAUCUACUCCUCCUGCAGCAACAACGACAUCCCCCUGCUGGCCAUCAAAGUUGGAUGAACAUGAAAUCGAGCGUGAGCCCAAACCUGUUGAACGACGAGAUGCCUAUGGAUUCAAACAACCUACCCAAUGGGUCAAGCUUGCUGAGCAACUUGAAUUUGAACAAAGUUAUCACCCGAUUCUAGAACAUCAACACGCCAAGUGGAAGUCGUUUUUGGAAGAGCAUCAAGGUCAAUGGCCCCCCGUCAGCUCAAAAUUGAAAAGAUACGUGCGAAAAGGAAUACCACACGAUCUUCGAGGCAAGGCAUGGAUGCAUUAUAGUGGUGCCAAAGCCAAGAUGGAAACCAAUGCAGGGUUGUACCAAUCAUUGGUGAGAACAGCUGAAGCCAUGGGCGAACACAAUGAGUAUGCAGAAAUCAUCAACAGAGAUUUGCAUCGCACAUUCCCAGACAAUGACCAGUUUGCAUGUGCUGUUACAGCCGAAGAUGGAUCUGUAUCCAUGGUACCAGAAACAAAUGCCAAAUUACGAGCUUUACGCCGUGUACUUUUGGCGUUUAGCAUGUAUGCGCCCCAUAUUGGUUAUUGUCAAUCGCUCAAUUACUUGGCUGGUUUCUUUCUUCUUUUUGUUCACGACGAGGAAUCAGCAUUUUGGAUGCUCAUUACUACCGUGCAUGAUUACUUUCCUGAAAACAUGUAUGAUGUUACCAUGGAAGGUGCUCACAUCGAUCAAACAGUAUUGAUGAUGAUGGUGUAUGAGCGAUUACCUGGUGUAUGGAACAAGAUCGGCAGCGGCAAAUGCUUUUGGGAAUGUGUUGAGUCUGACGGCUUACCCUCCAUCACACUUGUCACCAGCCAUUGGUUCCUCACGCAAUUUAUCAACAUUCUACCUGUCGAGACCGUAUUACGAGUAUGGGAUGCUCUUUAUAUUGAGGGAAGCAAAGUGCUAUUUCGUGUUGCACUCACCAUCAUCAAGAUGAAUGAGAAGCGGAUAUGGGCAUUGGAUGACCCAAUUGAGAUCUUUCCUAUUCUUCAAAAUAUGCCACGGCGUUUGGUGGAUUGCCAUGCAUUUAUGGAUGCCGUAUUUGCCAAAGAUAGCGUAGGAGCCGAUUUGACGACCGCAGAGAUUGAACGACGGCGUGUGUUGUUUAGAGAACGACGUAAACAACAACGUGCAGCAGCAGCAGCUGCUGCUGCAGCAGAAUCCAACAGCCCAUCCUCUCAGCCAUCCAUGUCAAGUCCUGUAUCCUCAUCAACCACGAGUUCAUUUUCCAGCUUCAAAAAUCUGUAUUUUGGAAGACGCUGA